AUGGCCCUCCUCCACUACCAUCAAUCUGAAGUCGACGAGCAUCCCUACUGGGCCGGCUUUCUCGACGAGUAUGCCCAAGACCCAGAUCAGACGGGGAUCUACGACACCGUCAUCAACCAGAUGCGAAUCAAGGAAGAGGAUGCCAUGAUGGAAGAGAACCUGGAGGGUGAGGAUAUCAAGAUGGAGGAGGACGUCGAGGACGUCAAGAUGGAGUCGCUAGAGGAGGCGGUGCGUCGCCUUCAGGAGGAGAACGACGCCUUGAGGGCCGCUUCAAUUCCCUCUCCCGACGUCCAGAGGGACGCCAACAGAAAUCCUCAGCAACGAAACCGGUGCUACCGGGGCGUCAUCGGAAUCGACAAGGCCAAGGAGGCAGACCUUCGGAAAUUGAAGGAGUGGAUGUACGGUGACAGCGACACCACCGAUGCGACCUGGCGGGACACUCUUCUCAGCAAGCCCGAGGCUGAGAGGAUAGUACCGUGGGUAGCCAGAGAGAAGCUGGUUGCCCUCAAUGUCUUCCUUUCGGCCAAGGAGGCAGACCUCAAGAAGUUGAAGCACUGGAUGUACGGCGAGAGCGACACCACUGAUCCGACCUGGCGAGACAGUCUGCUCGGCAAGCCCGAGGAGGAGAGGAAGGUACCGUGGGUGACCAGAGAGAAGCUGGUUGCCCUUAAUAUCUUCUUUGCGGCCAUGAAGGCAGACCACAACGGUCGCACGGGCAAGGUUCAGAGCAAGGUCUCCAUCAUCCGGGAAUGCAAGCGGCAUAGGGACGAGAUGCACGUGAAGGACCCUAGGCGAGCUUUCUUCUGCCCUUACGAGCGGUGUGAUAAGAAGAUUCACAACGGCCUGCCCUCACGACGGCUCUGA